GUGUAAGUUUCGAUUCCGAUCUGGCUGGUUGUCUGACGGACGUGCUGCGUCUCUUUUGUUGUGUUUUUUUUUGCGAACGAGCGAAGAGCGACAGGACCUCUGCGCCCGUAUACAAACUGAUUUUUUUUUUUUAUUGUUGCAAUGCAAUAUUCGCGGAACGAAUAACAACAACAUACAUAACUCAAUAUUCAAGUGCAAAGCAAAUACAAAUCAAACACAAACGAAAAAGCCAACAAAAUAAAGAAAUAUUGAAAAAACAAAACGAAAAAAUUCGCACAUUUUUUCCGUCUUGUCCAGUGGAAAAUACAACAAAUUAAAAAAAAAAAAACGGCUAAAUCAAGUUCAAAAUCUGUUCAAAACCGAUCUACAAGAUGUCUGCUGAUAUUCUGCAGAAAUCAAGAGAGCAGGAUGAAUCGCAUUACUUCGAGCGUGGCGAUAUAUCCAAAUACGUAACGAUGAACGAUCACUUGGGUGAUUUGGAUCGCAUACAACGCGAGGUGCGUAAGGAAAUAAGGAUGCUCCUCGUCCACGGCGUCAACUCGGAUCAGCAGCAGCAACAGCAGCAACAGCAGCAGCAGCCACAUCGCCUCCAUGGCGCCCUCACACGCACCAUUUCACAGCCGGCCCAACAGCAGCAACAGCAACAGCAGCAGCAGCCACCUGUGGCCAGUCUGGUGACCAUCACCGAGAACCUGGGCAACAUGAACCUGCACCGCAAGCUGGAGCGCACCCAGUCGGAGCCACUGCCGCCACAGCAGCCGAUGAACACAUCCAGAUACAAGACCGAGCUGUGCCGUCCGUUCGAGGAGGCCGGAGAAUGCAAGUACGGCGAGAAGUGCCAGUUCGCCCAUGGAGGCCACGAGUUGCGCAACGUGCACCGUCAUCCCAAAUACAAGACGGAGUACUGCCGCACCUUCCACAGCGUGGGCUUCUGUCCCUACGGACCGCGCUGUCACUUUGUCCACAAUGCGGACGAGGCCCGCGCCCAACAGGCCGCCCAGCAGGCGGCGGCCCAGGCAUCCAAGUCCUCCCCCCAGUCGCAGUCGCAGCAGUCGUCGUCGCCGUCGUCGCAGAACUUCUCGCCGAAGAGCAACCAGAGCAGCAAUCAGAGUAGCAACAGUAGCACCAGCAGCAGCGGCGGCAACAACCAUAACAACAACAAUAACAACAACAGUAGCCAGUUCUAUCUGCCGCUGAGCCCACCGCUGAGCAUGAGCACAGGAUCGGACCGUGAAUCGCCCACCGGAUCACUGUCGCUCAGCCCCACCAACUCGCUGACCAGCUUCCCGUUCCACGAUGCCCUGCCGCUGCAGCACGGCUAUUUGGCCUCGAAUGGCGCCACAAGCAACAGUUCCGCCUCGUCCACAUCGUCGGCGUCUGGACUGGGUCUGGGCAUGAGCAUGGGCAUGGGCCAGGGCAUGAUCAUCGGUCAGGGCUUGGGAAUGGGUCAUCAUGGACCGGCCACACCGCCGGAGAGCCCCAAUGUGCCCAUUUCGCCGGUGCACACACCGCCGCCAUACGAUGUGGUGGUCAGUGGAUCCGGAGCGGGCAACAAUGCCAUCGGCAGCAAGCAGCUGCUGCAGAAGAGCGUCAGCACACCGAUGCAGCAGGAGGAUACGCCCAGGCUGCCGGUAUUCAAUCGUCUCAGCUCCGGAGUGGAGGCCUACCAGCAGCAGUCCAACUUGGGACUCUAAGGGCGAGGCGAGGCAGUCCGCAAAACAAAAAUGAAUUAAACCAACCAUCCAGCAUAUCCUACUCACGCCCAUCAAAGCAUCCCUCCAUCAACAAAAACCACAUCCUUGACAAAAUCUCAGUAACGACCUAUACCAUGGAAACUGGAAACAAAACUACUCUCGCAGUGCAAUCCAAACCCAAUCCAAAUUCCCCAAGGCAACUGGAUUUCCGGGGGCACAUCCUUCGAUGCAAAACAUGUGUGUAUCAAGUAUACGCCACCGAAAUAGCAGACCACUGCCACAAGCAACAGACAUACAUCCCUCCCCUCCCUAAAUAUGAACCGAUCUUUGAUAUGAAUUCUCUCAUUGCUGUGACAGUCAAACGUAAUCGUUAUAAUCGUUAUAUGAGAAGGACCGAUUAACAGACACUACGGGACAAUUAGGUAGAUAGAUACGUAAAUGACAAACAAACAAUCCAAGCAAACGAUGAUCUUAAACUAUAACUAAAUACUAAAAACUAACAAAAACAAAACAAACAAACAAAAAACAAAGCUAGCACGAAAGCUAAAGCUAAACAAAACAUUCUUAUGAACUAGACACGAUGAAGAGACGGAGAUGACGAAAAGGACUAUUGGGAAUCUUCAGCGAAUGUUGCUCAAAUCAAAUCAAAACCCACGGCCAACGACGAAUGUGAAAAUCGUUCCUGCAUUUAUAGAAACUACUGCAGUGCACCAAUUAGAACCCAUGCACACCUGUCGCUUUUGUUCAAUACUUAUACGCCACGCACUUUGGAUAAGUCUUAUGUAAAAAAAAAAUUGAUUACCGGCUUGUAUAUAUAUAUACAUAUAUGGCCAGCACCUGUGUAUAUAUAACUUUUGAUGUGGAUAAAUAGAGAGAUAGAGAGAAGGAGAGUAGAGAGUAGAGAGUAGAGAGUUGGUCCGAUGUCUUCCAAUCCAAGCCAAGCCAAUUAAUCAAUCAAUCCAUUCAGAUGAGAAUGAUAGACGGACAGAAAACAAUGCUAAGAAAAUUCUUUAAUUUAUUAUUUUUUGCUAAAUUUAUGUAAUAGAAAACGUUGUGUACAUACGAGAGUUAAUAUUUUGAUAACGAUAAUAAAUUAUAAUUACCAAUUACCUUA